AUGGCGCGGUUUACAAACAGCUACCGCGUUGUAUUUCCUCUGGGUCAAGUAUUCUCACUGAUCGUCAAGCGUCAAGUUUAUGGGGGAAGGGAGGCUAGGAAGGGGGAGGAGUGGGCAAGGGUCCUUGAUCAUAACAGACUGAAGACGAUAGGUGAUGGAACUUUCAAGCAAUUUAUCUCUCUCGAAAGAUGUUCGUUGAGGAAUAACAACCUGACAUCCGUUCCAGAUUUGAAGCGUCUCACAUUUUCCGGAAAAGUAAACUUAGAAAAUAACCAGAUCACAGAUGUAACGAAAAUCGUAACAUCAGGAAUUCAAAUAGUUUUUGAACUAUAUCUGCGUAACAAUAAGAUCGAGUACCUACCACCAAACAUCUUUCAGAAUACUAUUGUAGUAGCAAACCUUGAUUUGUCGUUCAACAAUCUGCAGUCAUUACCAGAUAACGUAUUUGAUAAGCUCGACAAAUUAGAUAUUCUGUAA